AUGUGCGAGGUGAUGGAUUCCAAAUCUCACAGCGGUGAUAAACCUGUCCCACUAUCGGCUCUGUUUGGAAAAAUGAUCGCUUUUGAUUCCUCUGAACACUCAUCCACCAAGUUUUCUUCUCUAAGCACCGAGUGUCCCGAGAUGGCCGUGGAUGUGGAUGUAAAGCCGAGCUGUUCCAACUGUGUAGUGGGCAAACUUGAAAUACCUCCACCUCCAACACCGAUUCGAUCUUCAUCCACUUGUCAAGUUUGCACCGCGGAUGGUGCAACACUACAUUACGGUGGUCUGGUAUGCGGAGGUUGCAAAAUAUUCUUCGCUAGAGCAGUGCAGAGAAAAAUCUACUACGUCUGUGAGAAGUCCGGCUCUUGUCGAAUGAUAUCUGGCAAAAGGUCCAAGUGCAGAUCGUGCCGAUUCCAAAGAUGUCUAAAAGCCAGGAUGUGUCCAGAAGAAGUCGGCAAAUUGAGGGAUUUGAAGCUGCCUGACCACAUCGUUAUUCCUGCAAAAGAAGAAAGCAGUGUCGUUCCCUAUUUCGACUUGGCUGCAUUUCGCUGCCAGCAGAACGAAACAUUCCAAAAUGUGAAGAAUCCUCUUCUUGAACGAUUUGGUACGGCCGAGGGAGUCAAAUACCUCACUCGGAUGCUUGUCAACCUAGAAAGAAGUUGUGACAAUAAUGCCUACGCAUCAUCUGUGCCUGAAAGCUACUUCUGCAGCUUAGAUGUAUCAUUGCAACAAGCGUUGCGAAAUCCUCUGCUUGUCUGUGAGCGAACACCGAUCAUCUGGUACCAUUCAAAAGCCUUGAACGGCCCUACAAACGCUGUCAAGCCAUUGUAUUGUCGUCUGCUGCUGCACUAUAUGGAGUGGUUGUGCGCCGUUGACGAUUUCAUGGCACUCGAUGAACGCUACAGAGAGCGACUCAUGGCAUCUCAUCUUAUGACAACAUUCUUGUUAACUGUGAGCUUCAACGCCUUCAAACAAAACACCAAUGAUCUUCCUCUCGGUAGUGGCUUCUUCGUACCAACUGGAAGUUGCUGCUUGAAAAAAUACGGAAUUGAUGUGAGCUUGGUCGUGGAUGAAGUGCAACGAGCGAUAGUGGGAAAAUUUCGUGAGCUCAAUGUUUGCGAAGAAGAAUACGCUUUAUUGAAGCUAAUCUUCCUUUUUACAAAUAUUGAUGCCCUUGAUGAAAAAGUUGCUACCACCAUGAGACGUAUUCGCAACAAAUACACGUAUCUUUUGGUUGAGUACCUGAAGACAUCGAGGAAAUGCCAAUCCGCUGAAAAAGCAUACAAUCGUCUGCAGGAACUUCUCCAGAUAUUCGAUCAGCUUAUCAGCAUCGCGGAAAUCGCGGAACUUCUACUCAUCCACAUCGUGGCUCUUGAUAUAGACGGAAUGCGUGGACAACUAACGUUCGAUCUUCAUCUGCGUGAAGAAUCAGAAUAAUCAGAUAGUUUCCAUUCAAAUUCACUGGUAAUAUAUACCUUUCUUGUUCUUAUUGUAUGGUUGUGACUUCUCGUGCGAUAAUUACACUUUGCAAGGCAGGAAUAUUCUAACAUCAUCAGAAGUCUAGGACUUUUUUAGUGAGUCUCG